AUGACAGCCACAAACAACAAGUCGAUCUCACAAUCUUAUAAUAUUCGUCCAUGUACGAUCGCAGAUGAGGAAAGUGCUGUUGCUGUUUGUUUAAAAACAGGAGAUGCUGGUAACGAUGCAACUUUGUUCUUUGAUGACCCGAAACUGCUAGGAUAUCGAUAUGUUUCACCAUAUAUUCAUUUAUCUCCGGAACUUGCUUUUGUAUUAGAAGAUUCAGAUGGAAACGUAUGUGGAUAUGUACUCGCUACUUUAAAUAAUGAUGUAUUUUACAAACAAUAUUUGGAGGAAUGGCUUCCAAAAAUGAAACAACUUUAUUCCAGCAUUCCGUCAGUUGACGAAAUAGAAAAACGAGAUUGGCAAAUUAUACAAAGUUUUCAUAAUGAUAAUUUAGAAUCAUUGAAAGUUUUUGAUGAUUAUCCUUCACUUCUUCAUAUUGAUCUUCUUCCAAAAGCCCAAGGAAAAGGUUAUGGAACAAAAAUGAUACAUCAUAUUGAAAGUGAAUUACAAAGACGUGGAUCAAAAGGUGUUCAUUUAGAGAUGGCAGCAAAUAAUGACAGAGCAUUUCACUUUUAUACUAAGCUCGGUUUUACCGUUCUUGCUCAAGAUCAGGAGACUAUUUGGCUUGGUAAAAAAUUCUCAUAA